AAUUUUUUCUGCGUGCCGCUUGCAUUGGAUAUUGGAUAUAGUGAUAGCCGUGAUCGAGGUCAACUGUAGGAUCCAAUUAUCCAACACAACACAGGCGAAAUGAGCGAAUACACAAAAAUUCUGCAGCGUGAGUUCCCAGCGAUAGACUCGGAAUUGGUGAGCUAUGUUGUUGGAGUGCUGGCCGGCAGCGUGGAAGAUUUUGAAACGUGCGAUGAUAUCUUCGACGCCGUGGGCGAUAUCCUGCAAAGUGUGGCCGGUGACCGGCCGGAGGAGAGUAUUCGGGACAUAUGCGAGGAGUUCUUCAACAUAAUGAAGAACAAUAGCACAAAUGUGGAGCGGAAGGUGCUGAAUGCCCCCGUAAACAUAGAGGAGAUGGCCAAGAACAUGGAGCGUAUGGACAUGGAUCUGCAGAGCAUAUGGGUGGUCAACAAGGAUGGGGCCAAUAAAGUAGACUCGAAGAAGCUGGAGAAGGCGGAAGCCAAGCUGCAACAGAAGCAGGAGAAGCGUCAGGAGGUGAACAAGCAUGGCAUGAUUCCCGUAGCAGUGAAACUGCAAACGGCUACCGCCUCCCAGGUUACCAAUAAGAAGAACACUAAAUUGGAUCAAAAGGGUCUGAAUCGUUCCAUGGACAUCAAAAUUGAGAACUUUGAUCUGGCCUUUGGCGAAAAAGUACUCCUGCAAAAUGCGAAUCUGCUGCUAUCCUUUGGGCGCCGCUAUGGUCUGGUUGGACGCAAUGGUCUGGGCAAGACCACCAUGCUGAGGAUGAUUGCAGAACGACAACUGCAGAUCCCCUCACACAUCUCAGUGCUGCAUGUGGAACAGGAGGUGGUGGGCGACGACACGACCGCCGUCGAAAGUGUCCUCGAGUGUGAUACUGAGAGAACGAGGCUCCUGACAAGGGAAAAGGAAAUCCUGGCUGCUCUAAACAAUGGCGUGCAGGAUACGACCCUGUCCAAUGAGCUGAGCGAGACGUAUGCUGCCCUUCAGAACAUCGAGGCAGACAAGGCGGUGGCCCGUGCAUCUGUGAUACUUAAGGGUCUUGGCUUCGACGCUGACAUGCAACUGCGGCCGACCAAAUCGUUCUCCGGUGGCUGGCGCAUGCGCUUGGCCCUGGCUCGUGCACUCUUUUCAAAGCCGGAUCUGCUGCUCCUCGAUGAGCCGACUAACAUGUUGGACAUCAAGGCCAUCAUCUGGCUGGAAAAUUAUCUGCAAUCGUGGCCCACCACGAUCUUGGUCGUAUCUCACGACCGCAAUUUCCUGGACGUAGUACCCACGGACAUUGUACAUCUACAUUCCCAGGAGCUGGAGGCAUACAAGGGCAACUAUGAGCAGUUCGAAAAGACUAAAACGGAGAAGAUGAAGGCUCAAAGACGCGAAUACGAGGCUCAAAUGGCUCAUAGAAAUCAUGUCCAGGAGUUUAUUGAUCGUUUCCGUUACAAUGCCAAUCGUGCCUCAUCUGUACAAUCCAAAAUCAAGAUGCUGGAGAAGCUACCCGAACUCAAGCCCGUGGAGAAGGAAACGGUCGUCACGCUCAAGUUCCCAGAGGUAGAGCCACUAAAUCCCCCCGUUCUGGCCAUUUCUGAGGUCUCCUUCCGCUACAAUCCCGAAGACCCUUUGCCCAUUUUCAAGGGUGUCAAUCUGUCGGCCACCUCGGACUCGCGCAUCUGCAUUGUGGGCGAGAACGGAGCGGGUAAAUCCACGCUGCUCAAGAUCAUUGUCGGCCAACUGAGCACCAUUCACGGCAACAUUGUCCUGCAUCGCGGCCUGCGCAUUGGCUACUUUGCCCAGCACCAUGUGGAUCAUCUGAAUAUGAACGUGACGUGUGUGGGCGUCCUGGCCGAACUAUUUCCGGGUCGCCCCGAUGAGGAGUACCGUCGUCAGCUGGGUAGCUUUGGUUUAUCCGGACCCCUGGCACUGCAGAGCAUUGCCAGCUUGUCUGGUGGACAAAAAUCACGUGUGGCCUUAGCAAAGAUGUGCAUGGCGGAACCCAAUUUUUUGGUGCUCGAUGAGCCUACCAAUCACUUGGAUAUCGAGACAAUUGAUGCCUUGGGCAAAGCCAUCAAUGCCUUCAAGGGCGGCGUCAUCUUGGUCUCUCACGACGAGCGUCUCAUUAAAGUCGUUUGCAAGGAGCUCUGGGUGUGCGGCAAUCGCACGGUUCGCGCCAUCGAAGGUGGCCUGGACGAAUACAAGCGUGAGGUCUACAAGGAAAUCGAAGCGAAUAGUUGAAUUGUAUUGUAUUUUAUUAUCCAAUGAAUUUGUGAAACAGACUAGCACUAAAUUUAUAACAAUAUGUCCGUGACAAAGAAAACACUUCGGAAAUGGUUCAACAAUGUUUCCAAAGAUAAA